UCAUAAGCCCCAUGUGUCACUUCCUGUUAAGAUUUAGCUCAGUAGCUGUUUAACUGUCUAUAACUAACAGUGCAUUGGUGGACGUCCGUGGUGGUUUUUUGUGAAAAAGCAUACAUGGAGAAGAUUUCUGCUUCGACGCCUCAGGAUCACGCUUCCUAUCCCCCAGGGCGGACCGUCCGAGCAGCCGAGCCGAUGACGCCGCCUAGCGAAGACGUCUACGACACGACGACGGAGCCUCCGGGGGAAGUCCUCAUCCUGAGCUACGACAAGUUCUGCGAAGACGACAUGAGGAACGACGGCUCCCUCAGCGACGUGAAGAAUCUGACCCAUCUCUUUACGCAGAUGGGCUAUGGAUUGCAAACAGAAUGGAACCUCUCUAAAGCAGACACUAUUCGCACUAUCAAGGCCUUCAGUGCGGAUAAGCGAUUGGAGAAAGCGGGCUGUGCGAUUGUCGUCGUUCUGAGCCACGGGAAGGACAGGCAAACCUUCUACACGUCCAAUGGGAGUCUUAUGAGAGUCGACAGUGUGAGGGACUUCUUCCUGGAGGAGGCGUGCCCGCUCAUGAAAGGCAAACCGAAGAUUUUCCUCUUCCAGAUGUGCAGAGGAGAAGACGAACCCACGGAAGUCGAGACAGACAGCAUCGACGCCGUGAGAGAACCGCCCAGGAACAUGAUGGUUAUUUAUAGCACUACUGAAGGCUUCAUCAGUGUUCGCCACAUGGACUUCGGGUCGCCCUUCGUCAACGCUUUCUGCGAGGUUUUGGCCGAAGAGGCGUGGCACCUCAGCCUGGACGAGCUCCUGAGGAAGAUUCAGAAACGUUACAACAAGGAAGGAUUCGGAGCCGUGAUCGAUAAGCAAGACUUCCACUUCAUGAAGCGAUUUUAUUUCAAUCCCAGAGGCCGAUGUGCCAGCUGAAAUUCAUUCUUUGUUAUGCUUUAUUAUGUAAUGGAUCCUCGAAAAUUGGCUAUGAAAUAGAUAAUUGAUUGUAUGCUUAUGAAGAAUCAAUAUCAACAGUUACAACUGUUGUAAUAAUACCUACAUAAACAGCAUUUUAAAUUCUAUACCUUUUGUACUGAAUGGAAUUGAUAUUGUUCUAAUUAGUUAUUAUUUCAAGCAAUUGCUUUGAUAUUAAAGUUGACAUUUCUUAAA